AUGGCGGAGUCGUCAUCUCGGGGCGUGGGUUUGGGGCUUUUGAAUCCCCACACACUUUGUUUCGUCAACUCUGUAGUCCAGGCCUUGGCAUACACUCCUGGCUUUGCUGAUGACUGCUUGGAGGAGCGCCACAGGCUUUCUUGCUGCACUAGGCAGCGUGCUGCAGCAAGAAGGAAGGAAGCAGCAGCAGCAGCAGCAGCAGGAGCAGCAGGAACGAAGGGGGGACCUGUGGAGGUGCCUUCUACCUUUUGUGCCUUCUGUAAGCUGGAGCAGCAGGUGCUGUCGAUACACCGCAAAGAGGCAGGAGGGGGGCAGCGAGCGGGGCCUAGGGGCCCCACAGGGGGGGCCCCUCGAGGUUGGAUACACAACAGUUUUGCUGCUUAUAUUAAGCCGUUUAUAUGGAAAGCAUUUCGCCCUGGAAGACAAGAAGAUGCACAUGAAUUCUUUCGGUAUCUGAUUGACGCGCUAAUGAAGGCCCCCGCAACUCCUGCUGCUGCUGCUCUUCAGCAGCAGCAGCAGCAGCAGCAAGGGAGAAAGGAGAUGAAGCCGGAAGUAGCUUUAACCAGUUACUUUGGCCGCCUCUUUGGUUGCUGGCUGCGCUCGUCUGUUGUUUGCUCUCAAUGCAACAAAGCUUCAGUUCGGUUUGAAGGUGCUGUAGAUAUCUCUCUUGAUAUUGGGGGCCCCUCGGGGGCCCCCAGCAGACCGUCGGGUGCAGCGCAUCAAAAUGCAUACAGCAUAGAAAAAGCCCUGAGCAGAUUUAUCGCUAAGGAAACACUCAGCGGAAGCAACGCCUACAUGUGCAGCCACUGCAAACAGAAGGUUCGGGCAACCAAACAGCUGGAGUUGUUUACACCUCCUCGCAUCUUGACUUUGUCUUUGAAGCGUUUUUCUCUCUCUCUUUGUGGGGGCUGCGCACUCCCCACUAAAAACCAUCGCCCGGUGUCUUUCCCUACGCAUCUCAAUCUCUUGCCUUUCCUACCCCAGGACGCAGUGCGGCUGCAGCAGCGCCUGCUGCAGCAGCAGAUAGAACACCAGCUGCAGCUGCUGCAGCAGCAUCAGCAGCUGCAGCAGCAACAGCGACAUUUGAAGAAGCAGCAUCCUGCUGCAGACAAGAAAACGUCUCCGGCUGCUUCUACUACUGCCUCUUCUCCCUGCUCCUCUCCGCCUCACUCCCCCAGCCCCUCCCUCCCGUCUUGCAGGCUUGCUGCUGCAGCAGCAGCAACAGCAGCAGACGCAGCAGCAAAAGACGGAGCAGCACGCAGCGGCACCGUCAGCGAUUCUCCACCGUCAGCAGACGCAGCAGCAGCAACAGCAGCAGCAGCAGCUAGAGCUUCUCCUUCCUUUAUGUACCGUUUGUUUGCUGUUAUCACUCACGCUGGCGGGUCGCUGUCUUCAGGACAUUACCGCGUCUUUGUUAAGGCACCAACAGCAGCAACACAAGCAGCAGCAGCAGCAGCAGGGAGUGGGGAUAGAGGAGACUGGGUUGCCAUAGACGACGAGCUUGUGUCUCUCGUCAGUGAGGCAGCAGUGCUGCACAGGCUGCAGCAGGAAGCCUAUCUGCUCUUCUAUGCAAAAGUCCCCUCACAGGCAGAGCGGCAACUGCAGCAGCUCCUGCAGCAAAAUAAAACCCUCAAGCAGCAGCAGCAGCAGCAGCAACCGCACCAGCCGAUAGAUGAACUGGACGAGGCAGGCGAUGACAGCAGCAUCAGCCCCGCAGAUGUCGCUGCUCAACUCAGCACCAGUGAGGAGGAGUGGAGCGACUGCAGCAGCAGCAGCAGCGGCAGCUGCAGCAGUCGCAGCAGCAGCAGCAGCAGCAGCAGCAGUCGCAGCAGCACGCAAGCUGUGCUGCCGUUGCUGCGGCAGCUGCAGAGAACUCGGCGUUCGCUUCUCUUCUCCUCUUCUAGGAGGCGUCGUGUUCUUCUGUCUUUGCGCUGUCGGUUGCUGCUGCUCUCCAUUCAAAGGGCUAAGAAAGGCAAAAGGACCAUUAAGACAAGCAGCGACAACCAGCAGCAGCAGCAGCAGCAGCAUCAGCAGGAGCAGCAACAGCAACAGCAACAGCAACAGCAACAACAGAAAAUAAGGCCCAUUACUAUUAUCACAGAGGCAAUGAUGCAGAAACGCAAGGAAGAAGCAGCAAGCAGAAAAAAGCAGUUUGGCUGCAGUGCACCAGAUGCCUGGGAGAAGGAUGAGGAGGAGGAGGAUAGUGGCGCUGCUGCUGCUGCAGCAGCAGCGGAGCAGCAGAUGUUUGAAAGGCUGCAACUGCAACAACAGCCGCUGCCGCAGAAGCGCAGCAGACACGACCGAGAGUAUGAUCUGGGCCGCCUCACCAAAGUUAGAAACCCUCUCCGUCAUCAACCUGUCGGAGAAACUACGGUCGUCACAACUCAGAAGGACAGCUCCUCUGGCUCUUUCCUGGUGCAUCAGCGAGCAGCUUUUGAUUUGCUGCAGCAGCAGCAGCAGCAGCAGCCGAAUCAUAAAGGGGGUCCCCGUAAACCCCAAGACAAAAAGGGCUUCCGUCCAGGGUAUAAGAAGAAACCUGGAAAGGGGAAAAACCCGCAAAAGCACAAGCGCAUGCACAAAAGGGGCUGGGGGAAAGAUCCUUCUUGA